CUCUCUCCCUCCCUCCCACUCUAUCUGAAGAUAAAUAGAAAAAUAUCCUCGGGUGAGAAUUUUAGAAAUAUAUAUGUAGAGAGAGAGUUAGAUAUUAUUAUGAUGCACCUUGUAUAGUUGGGAAAACUAGGGCUCAGAAAAGAAAUUAUUUGCCCCCAGAUAAAAGAUUAUGAGAUAGUACAUGGAAGUGCUUAACACAAUAGCCACCAGAUAGUAGGUGCUCAUCAAACACCAGUUUGGUUGGAAGCUACAGAGAUGGCAUUGGAGCUCUGGUUUUUAAUGCCAUUUGUCACCCUAAUGGGACAUGGAUCCCUCAGGAGCAGAGGGACUCCUCACACUUCUCUAUGAUUCUCUGUGACUCCAGUGCGUGGCUGUGUGGCCAGGAACAAAAUAUUCCACCUGGUGGCCCAUCCUCACUGGGGAGCCAGUCAGCAUGUUCUCUGGAAUUCUUUCCUGGAACUCCAAGAAAAGACCCCCGGGAGACCUACAGGGACUACGUCCGCAGGAAGUUCCGGCUGAUGGAGGACCGGAACGCGCGCCUCGGGGAGUGCGUCAACCUCAGCCACCGGUACACCCGGCUCCUCCUGGUGAAGGAACACUCCAACCCCGUGUGGGCCCAGCAGAAGCUUCUGGACACGGGCCAGGGACACGCAAGGACCGUAGCACACCAGGCCAGCCUCAUCCAGAUGGAGACCCUCUUUGAGCCAGACGAGGAGCGCCCGGAGCCUCCGCGCACCGUGGUCCUGCAGGGGGCUGCGGGGAUGGGCAAGUCCAUGCUGGCCCACAAGGUGAUGCUGGACUGGGCGGAUGGGCGGCUCUUCCAAGACAGGUUUGAUUACCUCUUCUACAUCAACUGCAGAGAGAUGAACCGGAGCGCCCCCGAGAGGAGCGCGCAAGACCUCAUCUCCAGUUGCUGGCCGGAGCCCAGCGCGCCCCUGCAGGAGCUCCUCCAGGAGCUCCUCCGAGUUCCCGAGCGCCUCCUUUUCAUCAUCGACGGCUUUGACGAGCUCAAGCCCUCUUUCCACGAUCCUCGGGGCCCCUGGUGCCUCUGCUGGGAGGAGAAACGGCCCACGGAGCUUCUGCUCAGCAGCCUGAUUCGGAAGAAACUGCUGCCUGAGAUGUCUUUGCUCAUCACCACCAGGCCCACGGCCCUGGAGAAGCUGCACCGCCUGCUCGAGCAUCCCAGGCACGUGGAGAUCCUGGGCUUCUCCGAGGAGGAACGGAAGGAGUACUUCUACAAGUACUUCCACAACGCGGAGCAGGCUGGCCAGGUCUUCAACUUCGUGAGGGACAAUGAGCCCCUCUUCACUUUGUGCUUUGUCCCCUUGGUGUGUUGGGUCGUGUGCACCUGCCUCAAGCAGCAGCUGGAGGGUGGGGGGCUUUUAAGACAGACAUCCAGGACCACGACAGCAGUGUACAUGCUCUACCUCCUGAGUCUGAUGCAACCCAAGCCGGGGUCCCCAACCCUCCAAUCCCCGCCCAACCAGAGAGGGCUGUGCUCUUUGGCAGCAGAUGGCCUCUGGAAUCAGAAAAUCCUAUUUGAGGAGCAGGACCUCCGGAAGCACGGCCUGGACGGGGCGGAUGUCUCCUCCUUCCUCAACAUGAACAUCUUCCAGAAGGACAUCAACUGUGAGAAAUUCUACAGCUUCAUCCACUUGAGUUUCCAGGAGUUCUUUGCAGCCAUGUACUACAUCCUGGAUGGUGCGGACAGCGGGUCCCGCCCAGACCACAGCCUGACGAGGCUGAUGAACGAGUACGGGUUUUCAGAAAGGAGCUUCUUGGCGCUCACCGUUCGUUUCCUGUUUGGACUCCUGAACGAAGAGACGAAGAGCUACCUGGAGAAGAGUCUUUGCUGGAAGGUCUCGCCUCGAAUCAAGGUGGAACUGUUGGAGUGGAUCCAAAGCAAAGCUCUGAGCGAGGGCUCCACCCUGCAGGUGGGCUCCCUGGAGUUCCUCAGCUGUCUCUAUGAGAUCCAAGAGGAGGACUUCAUCCAACAGGCCCUGAGCCACUUCCAGGUGGUGGUGGUCAGCAACAUCACCACCAAGAUGGAGCACAUGGUCUCUUCCUUCUGCCUGAAGAACUGCAGGAGCGUCCUGGUGCUGCACCUGUGCGGGGGCGCCUACAGCACGGAUGAGGAGGACGGGGCCAGAGGGACUUCAGGGCACCAGACACUAUUGGCACAAUCACCCGAGAGGAACGUUUUGCCGGAUGCCUACAGCGAUCAGCUGGCCACUGCUCUGAGCACCAACCCGAAUCUGAUAGAGCUGGCUUUGUACCACAACGCCCUGGGGAGCCGGGGUGUGAAGCUGCUGUGUCAAGGGCUCAGACACCCCAACUGCAAACUUCAGAACCUGAGGCUGAAGAGGUGCCGGUUUUGCAGCGCCGCCUGCCAGGACCUCAGGGCGGCUCUGAUCACCAACAGGAAUUUGAUGCGGAUGGACCUGAGCAGCAACGCCCUGGGGCUGCCGGGCGUGAAGCUGCUCUGCGAGGGCCUCCGGCAUCCCAAGUGCAGGCUGCAGAUGAUCCAGUUGAGGAAGUGCCAGCUGGAGGCAGGGGCCUGCCAGGAGCUGGCCUCCGUGCUCAGUGCCAAUCGACACCUGGUGGAGCUGGAUCUGACAGGAAACGCGCUGGAGGACUCGGGUCUGAGGCUGCUGUGUCAAGGCUUGAAGCACCCAGCCUGCAGGUUGCAGAUCUUGUGGUUAAAGAUUUGUCACCUCACUGCUGCAGCCUGUGAAGACCUGGCCUCCACCCUCAGUGUGAACCAGAGCCUGAUGGAGUUGGACCUAAGCCUGAAUGACCUAGGGGACCCCGGGGUCUUGCUGCUGUGUGAGGGCCUGAGGCACCCCCAGUGCAAACUGCGGACCCUCCGGUUAGGCAUUUGCCGGCUCAGCUCUGCAGCCUGCGAGGGGCUGUCUGCUGUGCUGCAGCAGAACCGCUGUCUGCGGGAGCUGGACCUGAGUUUCAACGACCUGGGAGACCGGGGCAUGCAGCUUCUGUGCCAGGGGCUGCGACACCCCACCUGCAGACUGCAGAAGCUGUGGCUGGACAGCUGCGGCCUCACAGCCAAAGCUUGUGCGGAUCUCUCCUCCACCCUGGGGGUCAACCAGACCCUGACAGAGCUUUAUCUGACCAACAACGCUCUGGGCAACUUGGGUGUCAGACUUCUGUGCAAACAACUGAGUCAUCCUGGCUGCAAACUGCGAGUCCUCUGGUUGUUUGGGAUGGAUCUGAGUAAAACGACCCACCGAGAACUGGCUGUGCUGCGAGGAACCAAACCCUACCUGGACAUUGGCUGCUGACUGCUCUCUGCUGGGUCUGCCUCAAGGCAGGACGGAGGAAGGUCAUCCCAGCACCCACUCCUCAGACAGGGACCAGGCUCUGUGUUUCCUGGAGAGACACACUCAUAGGCAGAACAAGCCUUUCUGUUUGGGGGGGUCUAGUGCGAUGGAACUUGGAGCUCUGGUGUUGGGGAUGUUGGUGCCAUGAGAACUGAGGGCUGGGCAGAGGCUCCCACCCCAGGGUGAUUUGCCCCCACUCCCACCCAGGGGACACUGGGCAGUCAGGAAACAUUGGGGUGUUGGGGAGCUGAGAGCAUCUAGUGACUAGGAACUGGGCGUCCUGUUCAGCAUCCUACAACACACAAGACAGCCAGCCCCCAAAGGAUGUGACUGAAAGUGAAAGUGUGCUGUCCAGCUGGGGGGCUCAAUUAGUUGAGCACCGUCCCCUACACCAAAAAGGUUUCAGGUUCGAGUCAGGGCAAGUAUGAGAGGCAACCCAUUGAUGUUUCUCUCUCUAUCAAUAAAAAUAUCCUCAUGUGAGGAUGGAAAAACAGAAGAAAAUGGACUUGUGCCCAAGUUGAGAAACCCUGUUCUCAAAGAUUAACGGUGUGAUGGCGACACCAGGCGCCCGGGGAAGGCUGGUGCACCCAGUGCUCGUGAGGACAACAGCCCACAGUAGUCCUUGCCAUCUGGUUUGUCGCCAAGAUUUGGAGCCUUGGCUGGAGCCCAAGGGACCGCGGCUGGACACCUGCCAGCCACGUAGCUGCAGGCUGGCCAGUAACCGCUGGGUGCUGGGUGAAGAUCAGGAAGGAAUCAGCCAGAAUUUCGCUGUUGAGGAUUUGUACUAGGGGAGUUCGGACUGUGAAAUCUGUAGGGUUUUGGGAACCAGUGUUAUCCCAAUAAAUAGAUUUUACAAGUGCUGUGAGCAUGUCAGUCUUAAGUCUAAACUGAAGGCGUCUAGAAAGACUAUUUUCGCCCCUGCAGGGUAGCCCAGUUGGAGCGUUGUCCCCAUAUGCCAAGGUUGCAGGUUCGCUCCCGGGUCAGAGCACAUACAAGCAUCAACCAAGGAAU